UUGUAAUGGCAGUAGGUAAUGGUCAAAACUAAAAGUGUUUAUUUAGAUUGUAGAUAUUUUUGAGCUUUUCCAAACUGUAGUGAUAUUGCAAAUUUGAUUGCCGUUCUAAUUAUGUUAAGAAACUGUUAAACUAUCGGAACUGUACAAAGUUGUCAUAUAUUGUAUUUGUAUGGAAACACGUAGUAAUAUCAAGUGACCUCGUCGGCUUGAAGGUCUAUCGUGCACUUGUUUAGGUAUGUCGGUUUGGUCAGCCAGUACUGUCGGCAAUAAUUAUCACUACGGGCAUCCUCCCAGUCGAUACAGUCAUUCUAACAAUUGGUGUCCAAAUUUGACCAAGAGAAGUGACAGGUAUCUUUAAAAAGGUUAAAAAUUGAUUUGCAGUGAACAUUGGAGAAUAAUUCCACUUUUCAAUCAGCACAAGUGCGUGAUGUCUAACGAACCAGCGAUGCAGUCAGACGAUGCUCUUCACACACCAGCAUAUUUAUCAUGGAGGAAAUUACAGCUGAGUCGAGCAAAACUGAAGGCAUCUAGUAAAACAUCUGCACUGUUAUCUGGAUUUGCUAUGGUUGCCAUGGUGGAAGUACAAUUGAACACACCAACAAAUGUUCCAGCUGGUAUGUUGGUAGCAUUCACAGUUUGUACCACAUUGCUGGUGGCUGUGCACAUGCUGGCCCUCAUGAUCAGCACCUGCAUCCUACCAAACAUCGAAGCUAUCGGGAACCUUCACAGCAUAUCACUUGUACAUGAAUCUCCACACGAAAGGUUGCACUGGUAUAUAGAAAUAGCGUGGGCGUUUUCGACCCUCCUAGGCCUCAUCUUGUUCCUAGUAGAAAUAGCAAUACUUUGCUGGGUGAAGUUCUACGAUCUCAGUCCUCCGGCCGCCUGGUCAGCUUGCAUUCUCUUGAUACCCGUAAUGAUCAUAUUUUUAGCGUUUGCAAUACAUUUCUAUAUGUCACUGGCGACACACAAGUAUGAAGUUGUCACUUCGGGCAUAAAAGAGCUGGAAUUUCUUAAAGAACAAAUUGAAUUGGGCGACCAUGACUCGCGUAUGAAUAAUAUGUCGCUGUUAGAUCAGGCUCGGGUUGUCUGAGCCUGGUUAUUUAUUUUUAUGGGAUUGUUAGUUUUAUUUUAUCAUUGCAAUGUUUUGAUACGGUAUUGAAUUUUGAAUUUUUAUAUUGUUAUUGUAGAUGCAGUAUGCAAAACCUUAGGUACUUAAGUGCUAAUGUUGCUGCACAAGAUUUAAACCCAAUUUUAUUAACUCUAUCUGUUUUACACGACUAGAUUUCCAUUUUAACUUUUUUUUACUUCUACUUUUUUUGGACUUUUACUGAAUCUCUAUUUAAUUAUGUGUAAAUUGGUGUAUGGAAUAAUUACGACUUAUAAGAUUUUAUUUUAAAUAUCAUUGACAUAAAUUAAUUACAGUAUUAAUAUCUCAAAACGAAUAAAUGUAGGAUUAAUUUACCGGUACUAUAAUCUAAAUUAAAAAGGGAGAAAAUUGUAAAAGCAAAAUGGUAAGUGCAAUAUCCGCAUUAUUUUUUGGAUAAUAUUACUACGCAUCACUAAUACCUUUGUAUUUUAAUUCAUGGUUUACGUAAUAUUGAAUUUUAUAUUAUUCAAUGAAAAUCAAUUCAGCCCUUCUAAAGAUAUCUUGGAGAAAUGUGACGAUAGUAAUUAAAACGCCCUGAUAUCUGGUAAGACAUAAAAGCAUUAUGCGCACUUGAGGAAAUCAGUUUUCUCUAAAUUAUGUGUGUAAACAAAGUAAUAUGUGAAUUGAGAAUCAAUUUAAAAUGGCCAGUAAUGACAAAUAUCAAUCAAUAUAAGUACUUAAUUAAAAUGCUUAAAGUUAAAAAUGUAAUCUGAAACAAUUUAUUAAAAAGUCUAAUCUUGUGUGGUUCUAUAAUUUGUAAUUUCUAGGAGGUAUAUACAUAAUAAUUAGGUAUUAUGUAUGCUAAACAGGACCUCCCUGACGUCAUAGAACAAUAAUAUAUUUUAAUAUUCUGUAGGCACGAUUGCUUUAUUAUGUAAAUUAAAGACAUAUUCCAAUGAAAGUUAUGAACACGUCCUGUGACCAUUGUGACGAUUAAAAUCGAGUAAUAUAAAUUUAGUACAAAUCUUUGUACAGUAAGAUUCACGAAAGAUGACCACGGCGCAAAAGGCAUAUUUUAGGUCCCUUUGGACGUGCCGUGCGAGGUGAGGCGCCAUUUGUGGUCAUCUUUCGGGAAUCAUACUGUAAAUGUUGAAGUGGGUAAUUAAUAAUUAUAUAUAAUUAUUAUUUUAUGGAAUGAUAAAUGAUAAUACCUUAAAUAUGUAGGUAACUAAUAUAUUUAUUUUAUUCGUAUUAUUAGACUGCCCAAACACCAAUCUAGGUAAAAAAGAGGCCUGACGUUAAAAGUACCUUACUGCAAGAUAUCAAUUUGAAGUAAGAGCAAUACAUUUCAUAGUCAAAACUUACUACUUAACUUUAUUUUUGAGUUGGUACAAAGCACUCAACUCAAACUGAUUAAAAUAAUAAUUAUGGUUCAAAAUGAAUAUUUAAGUAGUGUAAUAAUUGAAAUAUGCUGUGAUAGACAAAUGACAGUAAAACUCUGUCGUAAGUUUAAUUUAAGAAUUUACAUUGUAUAAUAUAUCUAUAAGAAUUUGUACAAUUAUUAAAAUGAUCUGGUAAAAGUUCCGAAAUAAAUUACAUCUGAUCAAUACAA